AUGAAUGCUGCGGGCGUCUCCUGUACCAAUAAGAAGACGCUCGCUGGUAUUGAGUCUUCUCCUGAUAUCGAAAAAUCAUCGCCACAUUCCCCGAAAGCGACAGAUUCAGUCCCUUUAAACACCGAGAUUACAUAUCCCGAAGGUGGCCGUGAUGCCUGGUUAGUGGUGUUAGGUGCGUGGUGCGGCUUGACCUCAUCGCUGGGCAUCUACAAUACAUGCGGUGUGUUUGAGGUGGUCAUCUCCAAAGUCAUAUUACCGAAUGCUUCUUCAUCUACCAUUGGCUGGAUAUUCUCCGUAUAUGCAUUUGUAACCUGGGUCUGCGGGGUCCAAGUUGGUCCGACUUUCGAUGCGAUGGGCCCUCGAGCACUGAUGGUUGCGGGGACUAUUUGUACGCUGGUUGGCAUGUUCGCCCUGAGUUUCUCUACAGAAUACUACCAAAUCUUCCUGUCGUUCUCCCUGCUCACUGGCAUCGGCUCAUCCCUCCUUCUGACUCCCUCAAUGGGCUGCGUCGCUCACUGGUUCAUGGAGCGCCGCGGCCUUGCCAGUGGUAUAGCAUUCAUAGGAGGUGGCUUUGGUGGAGUUCUCUUUCCUCUGAUGAUACAAUCACUUCUCCCUCAAGUUGGCUGGGGGUGGUCGAUCCGCAUCCUCGGAUUUGUGCUAUGCACACUCUGCGCCAUCAGCGUGACAUUCUGCCGAAGCAGAAUCCCUCCCCGCAAAGGAUCAGAAACAACUUGGCGAGAUACAUUGCCAGACCAUAGAAUCUUCAUGGAUGGAACAGGAGCCAUGGCAUUGACAACCGUUGGCGUGCUUCUGACCGAUCUGGCAUACUUCAUACCCAUUACAUACACGCCACGCUAUUAUAUUGACCGACAACAUUUGUCCGAUGAGGAGGCCUUGACGGGCUCGUCGGCGUUUGCAUAUCAAUUGCUCGGAAUUCUCAAUGCGAGUUCAUGCAUUGGUCGGUACGUGGCAGGUGAUAUGGCCGAUCGAUUCGGACGAUAUAAUACUAUGAUUGUAUCUUUGUUCUUCUGCACAGUAUCUGUUCUCGGGUUCUGGUUACCAGAUAUCCUUGCGCCAGAGCUCGAUAACUACGCACUGCUGUUGGUUUUCAUAAUAAUAUUCGGGUUCUGCAGCGGAUCGAAUGUUAGCUUGACGCCAAUAUGCCUGGGUCAGCUUUGCGAAACUCAGGAAUAUGGACGAUACUAUGCCAGCUGCUUUACGGUGGUAUCUUUUGGAGUAUUGGUAAGUAUCCCCAUCGCUGGGGGUCUUCUCGAUGCUGUGGAGGGAACGGGAAAGGAAAAAUAUUGGGGAAUCGCUCUUUUUGCCGGACUUAGUUAUAUCUGCGCUUUUAUAUCUUUUGUAUGGGUUCGGAUCAAGAUAAAGGGGUGGAAUUGGAGGAUCAAGUGGUAG